CGCUUUCCACCCAGCUCCGUUUGUUUCGCACUCAUAAAAGCUGCUUCUCAGUUCUUGCUUGGCGUGUUUUGCUUCUUAUUUAAAGCCAGGCUCCUCUUUUGUUUCUCGGCCAGUUUGCAUGCAUUGUUCGUCUCCCAAAAUGGUUUGUGAGACUAAGAUUGUGGCGGAAGAUCAUGAAUCAAUUUCAGGAGCCAAAAAAGAUGCGAUCAUUGUGUCUUCCUCCCAGAUGUGGCCCUCCUUAUCCGGCUCACCUUCCUCCUCCCCAGCUUCUCUGAGUGGCGUGGAAGGGGAUUUCAAGAAAGACAACGUUUAUAUACGAGAAUUUCAUCCUUCCGAGCAAGAGGUGGUGCGCCGUAUAUUUUAUGAAGGAAUCAUGGAAAGGAUUCCUAACACCGCAUUUAGAGGGUUAAAACACCAGCCCCUCAUUCAGUUGAUCUACGGGAUAUUCACUAUAAUAUGCUUUGUUGUGACCAAGUCCUUGCUGCUGACCUGCUGUUUGCCCAUCUUUCUGAUGGGUAUGAGGUACUACUUCAGUAGAAAAGUUAUCCUCAGCUAUCUCGAGUGCGCGCUGCAUACGGACAUGUCUGAUAUUGAGAAUUAUUACAUGAAACCACCAGGCUCCUGCUUCUGGGUAGCUGUGUUGGACGGAAACGUGGUGGGAAUCGUGGCUGCGAGAGGCAAUGAGGAAGACAACACCGUGGAGCUGCGCCGCAUGUCUGUAGAUUCCAACUUCCGGGGUAAAGGGAUUGCCAAGGCCCUGGGCCGCAAAGUGCUGGAGUUUGCCAUGCUCAACAACUAUUCCUCCAUUAUACUGGGAACCACGGCUGUCAAGGUGGCAGCCCACAAGCUGUAUGAAUCCUUAGGGUUCAAACAUGUGGGCAUCAUUGAACACUACACCCUCCCUGGGAUGACGCAUUCCAUACUAGAGAGAAUGUUUUUCCAGCUUCGCUACCACCGCUACCGCCUGCAGCUGCGCGAAGAAUAGAAACAAAAGCAAAAAAAAGUUUUUCUCCUAUCCCCUCCCCCCCAAAUUGCCCUUUUUUAUUUGUUUUUGUUUUCAAUUGUUUGUUUCGUUCUCUCAUUUCAUUUUUAAUUUGCUUUGUACAGCUUGACUGUACAAAAUAAGGAUCCUUCCUCGCAUGCUGUAGGUGGUGGUGCUGCUGAGGCUGGAAGUACUGCUCUUCUAAUGCAUACAGUGUUAAUGACCUGGCAGAUCAGAGUGGACCCUACAGCCUGUUUGUUCCAAUCUUACCCAGGUACCUACAUAAAGCACAGAAACUUACAAACGUAAUAGUACCACUGGUCUGGUGUACGUAGUGGUUUUUUGGUUUUUUUCAAAUGUAAGAUAAUGUAGUGAUGACAUUCAUAAUACAGUAAGUGCAGAAAUAUUACUUGAAUGCAUUUCUCAGUAUUUCAUGCACCAGUAACUAGAAUAUGCAUUCAUCUUACUAUAAAUUACUGGUUAAUAGUUUUCAAAGAAAAUGUGAAAAAAACGCUUGCUACGAUGCAUGAAGAGGAAGUGUGUGCACGCACUCAAACACACAGCACUGCCAUCCAGGCACUGGUGUUGCACUUUUUUUGGAUGUGCCUCAUUCUGCCAAAUAUCUGAAAGAACCUUGGUGCAUCCAGUAACCAUGACUUUUUCUCCAUUCUCAUUUUCCUUCCUAAGCCAGCAAACAGACUUGAACCAUUUGAACUCUGAGCCCCAUUGUAACAUAUUGUAAAGUAAGAUCAAACUUAAAUAUCUCCUGCGCUGUUCUAUAUCCAUGCAUAACCUGCAGUCCUGGGCCAGACUUCCGCAUGUGCAUUGGAGUUUCUCUUUGCUGCCUUCUGAGUUUGUUUGUUUGGGUUUUUUAUUUUUAAUGUUUUUUUUAAAUUUUAUAUUUGUUUUGGCUUUUGCUGAAUGGUGUCAUUGAAGCAUAAUGGAGGCUGCAGUUUCUAUGGCAACACAUUUGCACAUUAAUGUGAGCAACAAAUCUAAACACUUCAGACAAGCAGUGUGUGACAGAUAAUUGCAUUUUGGGAGUGUGGGGGGGAAGCAUACAUAUUAUCUUAACCAGCUGCUGUUCAAUAAUUGUAGGUGGCCUCACUGCAGCCUUCCAUAAAAGGUAACUAACUGCUUUAAUGUCAGAUUUGUGAAUUGUACAAUGCAAAAAGCAAUGCAAGGCAGAUUCGGCAUGUUUCUGUACCUAAUAUGUAUGUACAGUGCCUGCCAACAAAAGAAUAACCAAGACUACAGCUUCUUCUAGCCUGAAAUACCAAUUUUAUAACUUACUUAAACAAAUAACAACUUUGCAUGAAUUAUGUCGGGGAAAAAUCAGUAGGUUUUAAUUUUUAAAAUGUAGUAUCAGAAAUAUUAAAAACAUUUCUGGUUGCACUUAAUUUGGGGUGAGUGGUGGGAUUCAGCUAUCAUAUUACAUUUAAAGGGAAACCCCCUUUAACUUAAGUUCCUGGGGGG